AUCGUGAACGGGAAUACCAAAGUUGUUAAUCUAGUGUGGUGUAUCGCUUGAUUGGCUCGAGUAUUAUUGACAAAAACGUUCAACUUAACGUUAUGAUAUUGUUUGUAUAUAUUGUUAGAAAGACAUUGCUUUUUUAUUGUCCUUGCUUGCGCUAUACUGAGCUAGUCAUUUAGCAGGCUUGUUGUCGAGUGUACACAUGUUUUGUCGAGUGGCUCUCGGUCUGGAUGCAUCAGUUUGUUUCAUUAAUUACCGUGGGCAGUUUUUACGAUGGAUGGAUUUAAAUUUAAUACAAGUAGUGGAAAAGAAUAUUAGGUGUUGGAUAUAAUUGAUGGGAAAUCUUUAAAAUCAGGGCAGGGGAAACAUGAAAAAUGCAGAUUGCUGAGAAAACUGUGGAGUAUCGGCAGAUAUAGUUUGAUAAGGAAUUUUUACUUUCUGUCUCCAAUGGGAUAAGAUAGAAGGAGUGUUAAAUGAUAAAGAAAGUGGAUAGAUUUUGUAAAUGGAUAUACCAGCUUUGUAGAUAAUGGUUAAAACAACAGAAAAAUAUUUUUGUUGAAUUUUCUGAGAUUUUAAUGUCCCAAAAGGAGUGGAAUGUUAAAGGUAAAUGAUUGAGUAGAGAAUCUGAAUGUAGAGGGAUGCCUGGGAUAUCUGUUCUGAUUAGAGUUUUCAUUUCACCAUGGGAUUUAGCUAAUGAGUAUAUUAGAAGCCAGUUGAUUGCCACUUCUCGGUGAAACUCUCGAUUUCUUUCCUCUUUAACAGCCUACAGUUCUUCAUCGUCUUAUUUGGAGGCUUUGGUUUCAAAAGUGAUGUAUGGAUUUAAAUGUCAUAAGUGCGCAAUUUUUUAAAUUAAUGUUAAAGAAUUGGCGAUAUCUGGAGUUUUAUUGAAAUUUAGUGGUGUGUAAUCAAAUUAAAAAUGAUUUAAUGAUCAUUUAUUGGAAACACAGAUUGCCUCAGUUGCAAAAAAAAUUGCACUGAAUUAUGUGCUGGAAAUGCAACAAAGUGAGUAAAAUUGAAAAAUGUGAAUUUUUUUUUUAUAGGUUGGUAUUUAAAUGUUUGCUUGCAUGAUAGUGUGCAAAAAUAAUGAACACCAUUAACAAAAGACAUAAAUUUUUAUGUGUGUGAUAUUUAAAUGUGACAUUUUGUGGAAAAGUUCAGGGGAUUUCAAAAAUGAAAAAAAGUUGACAGGAUUAUUCUUAUAGAUGGACAUAAAUAAUUGGAUGACCCUUAAUUAAGGGGGUGAUAAAAGGAAUAUCAAAGGAGUGUAAAGGAAUUAUAUCGAGGUUAACUCAAGUAACAUGAUGAAAUGGUCAUAUAAACAGAAAGAAUGCUGUUGGAAUGGGAAAAAGGCAUACAUUAGAGAAGGGUCUGCUCUGCAACAGCUAGGCCAGCAUGCUGAUGCACUGGCGGCGUUUGCGGCGGGGCUUGCACAAGACACCAACAAUACUGGUCUCCUGGGAGGGCUGAUUGAGGCAGCAUUAAAAUGUCCUCUCAAAGAAAAACUGGAACCCAUCUUCCAACAGCUACAACAGCUGAAAUUGGACAAGAGCCCUUUUGUAAUCAUCUCUGUGAUUGGCCAAGAGCUUCUUCAAGCUGGCCACUACAAUGCCUCGACACAAAUGUUGGAGGCUGCUCUAAAAAUAGGCACAUGCAGCCUCAAGUUGAGGGGCUCGGUAUUUUCUGCGCUCAGCAGCGGAUACUGGGGCCUUGGAAAUAUAGACAAGGCAAUCACAUACAUGCAAAAAGAUUUACAAGUGGCAAAAAAUCUAGGAGAUGCAGAAGGAGAGUGCCGUGCCUAUGGCAACCUGGGGUCAGCAUAUUUCUCCAAAGGUCAUUACAAGGAGGCUCUGUCACAUGACCGGUUUCAACUGGUUUUAGCCAUGAGAUUGAAGGACCGCCAAACAGCAACGGUAGCUCUUGGCCGACUAGGUCACGUGUACACAGCAAUUGGGGACUACCCAAAUGCAUUGCAAAGUCACAAACAAUGUGUGUUAUUAUUAAAACAAAGCAACGAAAAACUGUUGGAAGCUCGAGAAAUUGGUAACGUAGGUGCCGUGUACUUAGCAAUGGGAAAUUUUGAAAGUGCUGUCGAAUGUCAUUUAGAACAUCUAAAAAUAGCAAAAGGUUUAAAAAAUAGUGUUGAGGAGGCGAGAGCUUAUAGUAACCUCGGUAGUGCGUACCAUUAUAAAAGAAAUUAUGAAAAAGCAAUAGUGUAUCAUAAACAAGUGUUGAAACUAGCUGAACAAAAGAGUGAUAAAUCUUUGGAAGCACGAGCAUAUGCUGGUUUAGGUCAUGCGGCCCGAUGUAUGCAAGCGUAUGAUAUGUCAAAAACUUACCAUGAAAAACAGUUGGAUAAUGCCCUACAGACUCGGGACAGAGUGGCUGAGGGUCGUGCGUGUUCAAAUCUUGGGAUUAUUUAUCAUCAACUAGCGGAAUAUGAAGCUGCUUUGAAACUACAUAAAGUUCAUCUUUCAAUUGCUAAAGAAUUAGGUGACAGGGCUAGUCAAGGCAGAGCAUUAGGUAAUAUCGGAAACGCGUAUUGUGCAUUAAAUCAAUUUGAACAAGCAAUAAAAUACAAUAAACAGGAAUUAGCAAUAUCCACUGAAGUGAAUGACCGGCAUUCAGAGGGAUCAACGCAUGGAAAUUUAGCGGUAGCGUAUCAGACGUUGAAAAUGUACGACAGUGCUCAUCAGCAUUAUGUGGCUCAUUUGAAUAUUUCACGAGAGCUUAAAGAUUCUCAGAGUGAGGCAAGGGCAGUGUGCAAUUUGGGUAAUUUUCACAGCUCGCGUGGAGAAUAUACGAACUCUAUACCAUACUAUGAGCAGUAUUUAAUGCUCUCUCAGGAACUACAUGACUCUGAAGGUGAGGCGAAAGCCUGCUUUUGUUUAGGUUAUGCACAUUUUGCUCUCGGAAACUUUUUAGAAUCGGUUCGAUAUUACAAGCAGGAUCUUUCUAUAGCUCAAGAAUUGAAAAAUCAGCUUGGUAUUGCACGAGCGUACUGUAAUUUAGGUCUUGCCCACAAAGCUUUGAACAAUUACACGGAAGCAUUGGACUGCCAGAAAAAGUGUUUGAAUCUAAUGACAGCUUUGAAAAAUGUAAAAGGUCAUUUUCGAUCGCUCGGAAAUAUCGGUGAUAUUCUUUUAAAGACUGGUGAUACGAGUGAAGCAAUAAAAUUCUAUAAUCAGCAGUUAACAUUAGCGAAGCAGUGUAACAGCCAAGAUAUGAUGGCGUCUGCCAAUGGUGCACUGGGUUCGGCACACAGGGUGCUUACUCAGUACGAUAAAGCCCUUGCGUAUCAUACACAGGAGUUGAGUAUAAGGCAAGAUAUGAAUGACCUUAAAGGCGAGUGCAGAGCUCACGGAAAUUUGGGUAGUGUUCACAUGUGCUUAGGGAAAUACAUGAAUGCAUUUAAAUGUUACGAAGAACAGCUCGAGAAAAGUAGAGAGCUUCAGGACAGUGCAAUGGAAGCAAAUGCCUGCGGAAAUCUUGCGAUUACGAAAAUGAAUAUGGGUAAUUUUGAAGAAGCAAUAGGAUUAUUUGAACAACAGUUAGCAAUGUUAGAGCAGGUCCAUGGAAACAACGCUACUUUCGAUAAAGGGCGUGCAUUUGGAAAUCUUGGAGAUUGUUAUGAGGCACUUGGUGAUUUUGAUGAAUCAAUUAAAUGUCAUGAACAAUAUCUUGCUAUCGCACAAAAUGCUGGUCAUUUGUCGGAUCAAGAUAAAGCAUACAGAGGUCUUGGAAAUGCUCAUCGGUCUGUUGGAAAUCUUCAGCAAGCGUUAGUUUGUUUCGAAAAGAGGCUUGUAGUCGCUCAUGAGUUGAACAGUUCAGCGGCAAAAGCCUCGGCUUAUGGAGAACUAGGAUGCUUGCAUAGUCUACUGGGUAAUUUCGAGCAAGCAAUUUCCUGUCUGCAGCAUCAGUUAACAAUUGCACAGGAAAUGUCAGAUAGUUUAUGUGAAGGGGACGCUGCCUGUGGUUUGGGCGGAGUUUAUCAGCAGAUGGGCGAGUAUGACAAAGCCCUGGAAUAUCAUGAAAUGGAUCUAAAAAUAGCAGAAAAUACAAAUAACACAGCUUGCCAAUGUCGAGCAUAUGGUAAUCUGGGCCUAUCCCAUGAGUCUUUGGGAGAAUAUACCAAGGCAAUUAAAUACCAGGAACAGCAUUUAAGUAUUGCUGCGCAAAUGAACGACAGGGUCGCAAAAACACUGGCGUACAGUAGUUUAGGGCGAGUGCAUCAUGCUUUAAACAAUCACAAGAAAGCCGUCGAAUAUCUCCGUCAAGGAUUACAAAUCGCCGAGCAGCUUGGUCGCAUGGAGGAUGAGGCAAAGAUACGUCACCGCCUGGGUCUUGCACUCUGGGGUAACAACGACCACGAGGAAUGCCAGCAACAACUGUAUAAAGCCUCGGAACUUUUUGAAAGUAUUCGCCGCGAUGCCCAGUUUAACAGUGAAUACAAGUUGUCGUUGUUUGACCUUCAGACUGCCUGUUACCAAGCAUUACAGAGGGUGCUUGUUACACUGGACAGACAUCCGGAAGCUUUGGUUGUCGCGGAGAGAGCAUGUACACGUGCAUUUAUUGAUUUAUUGAUGGAACGGCAAGCAGGAAGUGAAGGUUUCUAUGGCAACCAUGUGACCGAUCCUCCACCAAUCACAACAGACCAGAUCCUAAGUAUUGUACAGAAACAGAAAAGCAUGGUUUUAUAUUUCUCGGUGGCGUCUGGUUUCCUCUACAGCUGGUUGUUGACACCAAGAGAUG